UCCCGUCGGGAGUCUAGAGAAGGGUCUCGGAUGGAGGAGGGCCAGUCUGGCAUCCGAAGAGUGGCCUCCCCACCUGGUCAGGGGGCAGAGUGCCGGGCCCAGCCACUAGCCCUGCGUUCCCAGGACACCAGCCUGUGUCGGUGGCUGAUGGGCCUUGACCAGGAAGAGGAGCAGGAGGAAACGGAGAUCGUGGAAAGUAUGAUGACAAUUAUCCCAGCUCCACAGGACCUUCCCCAGCCUGAUCCCGAGGAAUCUGAGGUCCCUGCAGAAGCCUCCACCGCGGGGAGGGGGCGCUACAGACCGCAGGGCAAGUGUUGCCAUCGAAGGUCCGACAAGCAACAGCAGGUGCCCAGAUCCAUGGACAGGUUGGAGUUGGAGGGGCACCAGCAGGUAGCGGAGGUGCCCAGGUCCGUGAGCAGGGUGGAGCUGGAGGUGUCCAGAGACACGGCACCCUCUCCCUGUGCCACCUUCUGGAUGCCGCGUUGUGUGCAGAUGAUGCUGAAGAGCCAGCGCACCCGUCUGCCCUCCAGCAACGCCGUCACCUUUGACCAGUUUGGAAACAUCUCGUCGGUGCAGCGCCUGGAGGCCGGCCGUUUCCGCUGGCACCGCCCCGCGCCCGUCUUCCAGCUGCUGGAGGAGGCGACAGGCUGCGGCAGAUGCCGUCGGCGCGGCGACCCGCCCCUCAGGCGCUUGGUAUUCCGGAGCCCACCCUUGCCGCUCCGGCCCGGCACCGGGAGAGGGACGGGAAUGCCGGGGAGAGCCGCCGGCAAACCGCCCAGUGGCACCGUGGGUCAGAGGCCGAUGUUGCCCCACGCCCAACACACUCCCGACUUCCCAGAGUUUAUUCCCGACGGGCCGAAGGACAGGAAUCAUCCCCACUGCGGCCGGCACCCUCAAUGGGAGGCGUCAUCACUGGAUCAACUUCAGCCCAUCAGCAGCAGCCUAGUGCUCCCUCCCAUUGCCCUGGAUCAGCUGGCUGUAGACCUCUCAUUGUAGGCCCAGAAUACACUUGUGUGUAGCAAUGGGCCCACUAUUCCCCUCCCCUCAUCUCCUCCCCCCCCCCCCCCAUCCCCUCUCCUCCCCGCCCCACUACUGUCAUCUCCUCCCCUCCCCACCCAUCAUCUCUCCUCUCCCUCCCUUCCACCUCAACCCACUCCCCUCCAGUCUUCCAUUCUCCCCUCCUCUCCUGCCCCCUCCUCUCCUGCCCCCUCCCAUCCUUCCCCUCCCCGUCACCACGUGUGCACAACACAUUAACAAAUAACGCCCCUACCCUUCCUACAAAGGCAGCAGGACAACUCUAUAAAGGAUUUGCUUACACUUAACAUCAGGACAAGAGAGUUUAAUUGUCGAAUGUGUGUGUAAUGGGACAAUAAAAUACGUAUUGCUGCAGCUUUGCAGCCCCUUAACGAAAUGAACUCACAAAUGACUCAUAAUUAUUGCAAUAACACUUGGAUAAAUAAAUAUUCAUGCACAAUAGAUUAACUGAAUAACAGUAAUGAUUGCUAACCAGUCGAGCAUCCAGAAAUACAGUCUGUAGGAGAUGAUAGUUGCUGAGUUUAGACAAAAACUGCUGGAGGUCAGGCAGCA